AUUUGGGAUAAAUUUUUAUAAAAUAAUUGGAACAGAAAAUGUCUUCCAUUGGUGGAAUUAGCAAUUCCUUAAUGGAUUGGACAACUGGUGAAUUAGUAUGGUUUGAUCCAGGAUUAGGUCAUUGGUUACCUGGUGAAAUUUUAGAAGCACAUAAACCAUCUGGAACAUUAACAAUCCAAGCUCUAAUCAAUGGCAAGCCACAAACAUUUGCACUCACAUCAGAGAGUGAAGGAUCAGUGCGACGUCGGCAAGAUUUAGGUACAAACGGUAUUGAAGAUUUAACACAAUUAUCAGAUCUACACGAAGCGGCUCUUCUAUGGAAUUUAAAAAUUCGCUACGAUAAACAACUGAUUUACACAUACGCUGGCAGUAUUUUAGUGGCCGUAAAUCCAUACAGAAUGUUUGAUUCAAGUUAUGGCCUCGAAGCUGCACAAAGAUAUCGUGAUCGAUUGCUUGGUGAAUUGCCACCGCAUUUAUUUGCAAUCGGAUCUGCAGCACAUGCAUCUUUACCUAAUCCACAAGUAGUUGUUAUCAGUGGAGAAAGUGGGUCAGGAAAAACAGAGUCUACAAAAUUAGUGAUGCAAUAUUUAGCUGCUGUUGCACCAGCCGCUCGUGGACAAGCAUUAGUAACAGAACAAAUUUUAGAAGCUGCACCUCUUUUAGAAGCUUUCGGUAAUGCUCGUACGGCACGCAACGAUAAUAGUUCAAGAUUUGGUAAAUACCUUGAAGUAUACUUCAAAAAUGGAUCAAUUGUUGGUGCUAAAGUAACACAGUAUCUUUUGGAAAAAUCAAGAAUUAUUACACAAGCUCAAGGUGAAAGAAAUUAUCAUGUAUUUUAUGAGCUGCUUGGAGGCUUAUCAAACACAGAUAAGGAGAAAUAUGGGUUAUUGGACGCAGAAAAAUAUUUUUAUUUAAAUCAGGGUGGUGGUGAUUGUGCUCCUGGGCAAGGUGGUCCUGAUUGGUCAGCCCUUUUAAGCGCCAUGCAAGUUUUGGGUGUUGGAGAAGCUGAACGUGAUGGAAUUAUACGAAUUUUAGCUUCGGUCUUACAUUUGGGUAAUAUUUAUUUUCAUCGAAGACAGCUACGUCACGGUCAAGAAGGAGUUGAAGUUGGUUCCGAUGCAGAAAUAAAGUGGGCUGCACAUCUUUUGCAAAUUUCAGCAAGUGGUUUACAAAGAGCAUUGACAUCUAGAUUAACAGAAGCUCGAGGAGAACGUGUACAAUCGCCUUUAGGAAUUGAUCAAGCCUUAGAUGCUCGAGACGCUUUUGCCAAAGCACUUUAUUCAGCGUUAUUUAAUUGGCUAGUAACGCGAGUAAACUCUAUCGUCCAAAGAGGGGGAUUACACGAUGCAUCUAGAAUUUGUUUACUGGAUAUUUUUGGAUUUGAGGAUUUGAUAGAAAAUUCAUUUGAACAAUUGUGUAUCAAUUAUGCAUCAGAAUCACUCCAGUUAUAUUUUAAUAAACAUGUUUUUAAGUUGGAACAGCAAGAAUAUGCAAGGGAACGUUUAGAAUGGACAAAUAUGGGAUGGACAGAUAAUUCUCCAAUAAUACACUUACUUGGAAAAAAACCGGUCGGAAUUUUACAUUUACUAGAUGAUGAAAGUAAUUUUCCAAGAGCUUCGGAUGCAUCAUUUUUAGAAAAAUGUCACUAUAACCAUGCUCUUAACGAACAUUAUUGUCGUCCAAGAGUUGGAGGUCAUGAAUUUGGGAUUCGGCAUUUUGCGGGACAAGUAUGGUAUUCAGUUGAAGGAUUUUUGGAUAAAAAUCGCGAUGCUUUACGCUUAGAUGUUGUGGAGCUCUUAGCCUCCAGUAGAGAACCUUUAGUAAAUACAGUUGCUAGACCAUUAUUAAUUGAAGCUCAAUCUAGAACUUUACCACGAAGUUCAAAUGGACGAUUUGUUACAAUGAAACCUCGUACUCCAACAGUAGCUGCACGUUUCAGCGAUAGUUUACAACAAUUGUUAGAAUCAAUGGGUCGCUGUAAUCCAUGGUUCAUUAGAUGUAUAAAACCAAACUCCGAAAAAGCAGCCAUGAAAUUUGACAUGCCAGUAGUUUUACAACAAUUACGAUAUUCUGGAAUGUUAGAAACAAUUAAAAUACGGCAAUGUGGCUAUCCAACCAGGAUUAAAUUUCAACUUUUUGUGGAAAGAUUUAGAUAUUUGUUAAGUGGGAAAUGUUUAAGAGGCGCUCCAUAUCGUGAUUUGUGCAGAUCGGUGUUGGAUGCACAACCACCUACUGGAGCUCCCGGUCCUGAUUACCAGUUAGGUGCCACAAGAGUAUUUUUACGAGAAGCGUUACAUCGACGCCUAGAAGCUGUACGCGCUGAAGUGUUGAGAAACGCAGCAGUAACUAUACAAAAGCAUAUACGCAGACGUCUAGCAAGGCGUAAAUAUCUAUCGAUGAAAAAGGCUGCAUUAUCAAUACAAAAAAAUUGGCGGGGUCAUAAACAAAGGAAAGAAUUUAUGAAGUUAAGAAAAGCCACUGUUAAAGUUCAAGCUUUAUAUCGCGGAAAAAUAGAACGAAAACGAUAUGCAUAUCGAAAGAAAGAAUGGAUGGCACAAAAAGAUGCACGUGAACGUGCUAAACAACGAGCGGUCCGUGAUACACAACGUGCAGCAGUUCAUCAUUUAGAAAUUCCUGCAGAAUUAGCUUUUAUAUUCUCUAAACUGGAAGGAUUUAAACCUGCACAUACUGAGCGCAAUUUAAUAAAAGUUGUUGGAGGUGUUACUGGUACAUUACUUCCAAUUACAUUACCUCCAGAUUUGGAACAAUUUACUUUUGGAAAGUUUUGCUCCGUUUAUUUUAAAGGUUCGGAAUUAGGUGUACGUAGAGAACCUAUCACAGCACCUUUCUUGUCAAAAGCAGCAGCUCGAGAUCAAGAUUUUCAUGAUUCAGUUGCUUUAUUUAAACUUAUUUUACGCUGGAGUAAUGAUCCUCAAUUAAAUGGAGCUCGAGAAAAAGCCUUAGCAGAUUAUGUAGCACAUAAAGGGCUUGGUUCUCGAGGUCUUCGCGACGAAUUACUAGUUCAACUGUGUAAUCAAGCUUGGAAAAACGAUCAAGCAGAACGAAUAUGGCAAUUAAUGGCUCAUUGUCUUAGUUCAUUUGCACCUAGCCCAUCUUUAGGGAAAUACUUAUUAAAAUUUAUCAGUGAUCAUGCGGCCUCCGGUCAAAAAUCACUCUUACAAAGAAAACUAGUCCGUUCUAUGCGCAAAGCUCCUAGAGCUAGAUCAUUACCACCGAGUUUAUUGGAAUGGAGAAGUAUUCGGCAUCAUGCGGACAUGGCAUUACCAGUAAUUUUACCUGAUGGACAGCAAAUGACGAUUGCUAUUGAUUCUUGGAGCACUUGUGACGAAGUUGCUUCAGCUGCAAUUUCAUCUUUAAAUGUGAGUUCAGAUGGCUGGAGCAUUGUUUUAGAUGAUUCAGGAUAUGUAACAGACACAAAUGGCUACGAUUACGUAUUAGAUUUAAUAAGUGAAUUAGAAUUAUGUCCAGCUUUCCCAGCUGAGCGAUCAGAACUCUUAAAAGUGCCAAAGAAACCUGAAAAUUCCCCAGAAAUUAAACGACCUCAAGCACCACCGCCAGCUCCUCCUGUGGUACCAACUCCAAGAAAAAUUUCACGAGAAGCACCAGUACAAGAAGUCAUUCAAAGAAAAUCAUCUCAGGAAAUUUUAUCUAGGAAUUCAGCUUUAAAUGAAAGAUAUUUUGAAAAUGAAAGAACACGCUCCAGAAGCUUGGACAAUUUGCUAGAUUCGUCUUCCCCAGCUCUUUCUGGACUUGGAUUAUCACAAUCAAAAUUGAAUGAAAGAUACCGGAGCUCAGAAAAAUUAAAUCCGAUUGAGCCAGUUUUAGCUAUUUCAAAUAUGUCAUACAAACAAGAAAUGGACUUUGAGUAUCCAGACAUAUCUAGUGUUGGAGCUGCAUCUUCAAAUAGAGGUUCAUCAGCCCCACGUUAUAUUAAAUCACAAUAUGCAGGUAAAAAGGCUCCACCAGGAUCCCAUUCUAGUCGUGCACACAUUGAAAAAUCUGAACCUGGUGCUCGGAGCUCAGCAUUAUCAGACACAAGUGAAGCACCAUCUUUAGCAAGUCACGUACGAAGAGUAAGAGUACCUAGCCAAGCAUCUGAUGUAGAUCAAUUUUUGGACGAAUUAUUUAGUCCAGUUCUUGAUGGUAAUUUAGAUGAACUAAGUGAUGCUAGAUCAUUAGCAGCCAGUAUUCGUGGAGGUGGACAGAAAGACAAAAAUUAUUCUUAUGACAAAUAUUUAGACGAUUUCUUCAAACCAAUAACUAUCGAUUCUAGUUUGAAGAGUCUAACCGAUAAUGAUAAUAUAGUUGAUUGUAUUAAAGGAGGAGGUACGAAACCUCAACACAAUGGAAGUACAGCGUCUCCAGCAGCCAGCUUUCCCUAUUCUCCGAUAGCUCCAACCAUCUUAUCACCACAACCGUUAAUGAUGCCAAUAAUAGGAACACAACCAGCGGAAAAUGGUGGUUUUAUGCCAAUAUUUAACAUGCAAGGCAUAAAUAUGCCAACCAAUGGUCAAUCGCCUGAUUCUGCGGCAUAUCAACAAAAUCUUCAACGCGCCUUUUUACAAUCUGCUAUGGCUCAAAAUAUACAAAUUCAACAACAGUUGCUAGCCCAAAAUCAAGCACUACAACAACUCUUAACUCAACAAAAUCCAGAUAUGGAAUUAGCACAAAGCCCUGUAACAUCAACACCAGUAUCUAAUUCUCCAAACAGACGUUUAAGUUCACGAAGUGGGCGUCCAACACCACCUAUAGAUUUAAAAAUAAGAAAAGCUAGUAAUGACAGUUCAAGAGGUGGUGUCGUACCACCACCUCCACCACCUAUGCCACCACCAUUAAAUCUAAGCGAUCCUUCUGAAGUACGGCCAUUCCUUGAUCCGUAUGGACGGGCUAAAACAGUAAGAAUUGGAAAAUGGCGAUGGCCACCGCCUCAAGAUGGUAAUGCCGUAACUGAAAAUGGUGAUUUUAUGCAAUUCAAAAUUAACCAACAACGAAAAAUGACACCAUCCAAAGAACAACAUUCUAGAAUGAAUUCACCAAAUUCUCCAAACUCAGCCAACUCACCAGAUGGAAAUGAUCAUCAUAAUUACGUGGAUGAUACGACAUCGAGUGUUGAUUGGGAUGAACUCGAUAUGUCAGCAAUAGAUCGUCAAUCAUCAAACACCCCAGGUGCACGACAAUCGUCAAGACGUUCAUUUGAAGUUGGAGCAUCUCGACCAACACCUGGCAGCGUAGGAAAACUUAAACUUAGUUCAGAAAUGCGACAACGUUUAGAACAAGUAACAGCUAAUCAUUCUGUGCGUUCGACAAGUAAUAAAGAGAAACCUCAACGAACAGUUAAUAAACUUGAAGAUACAAGACGAAUGAUGCUAGAACAACAGCUUGCUGGAGCGAAUCGAGCUUGGGAUACUGGUUCUACAAACUCAGAUGCCUUGUUACAUGCUCCGCCACCCCCACCUCCACCAGUAGGUCCAACACCACUACCACCUGCACCUUCUGGACCUGCUCCCCCUCCACCAGUGAUCCGUCCCCCUGAACCCCCAUCACAUCAACCACCUGUACGAGAAUCAUACAUGACAAAACGGCAAGAUCACGACACGUUUGGUGUCCACCAAACCCCGAAUAAUUUACAACGAAGCUCAUUUUCAUCAAAUUGGGACAUGCAAAGUGAUGAACGAGAUUUGGAUCAUUUGCAUGGUCAACAAUGGGAUCACGAAGGAGAGAUUAAAACAUCGGCAUCACCACAACGAAAUGAAUCCAAAUGGUCCGAUGAUCAUGAAGUACAACGACCCACCUUUAGAACUCAUCAAAUGAACCGAAGUAUUCAAGAACGGGAGCGAAAAUCAUCAGCAGCAUCAACCGUACAAACACAAAAUACCGAUAAGCACAACGAAAAAAUAGAAAUUGAUGAUUGGCCAGACUUCUUAAAACCUGUUAUGCCUGCUCCCAUUGCAAACGUGCCAAAGAGUCCAUCACCAAAUAAAAUCAAUAAUUCACAAGAAAUAUCACCAGCUGUUUCAUGUAUUACAUACAAUCGCGUAAAUUGGUCAUUACAUGUUCGAAAAGAAGUGUUCACACCGGCAGAAACAUUAAAUCCUCCACAAGCAUUACACUUAAUAUUUUUACAAAUUGUUAAAGAUGUGUAUAAUAUCACACCUUGUUUACGAAUAACCGAUAAUGAUAAACGUUCGGCAAUCACGGUACUUCAAGGAUAUGGAGUGACGCCAAACAAUUUGCAAGAAUCACAUAGAACUCAUGUUAAAAAACAUCUGAUUGAAUUGGCUAGAUCGUGGCCGUUAUAUUUUUCUCGACUAUUUAUUGCAUCUGCAGCUCCACCAUUGACCGAUGUACAAAUUGUUAGCGUAUCUCAUUGGGGCAUUCAUUUGGUACGUCGUGAUUCGAACAAUACAUUACGAAUCAUUUGUUCAUGGGGAUUGGCAGAAUUAUCUGGAUGUUCAGCACCUAGACCGGCUACUGUUUGUUUAGAUGUUCGUGGACAUCCAGCACGAGUUACAUUACAUACAACGUACGCGUCACAGCUAACUGAUAUGAUCAAUAAAUUUUGCAAUGAAUAUCGACAGAUUCACCCAAUGUUAAAUCAACAACCUCGUUCGAAUUUAUCAACACCAGUCACAUCGAAAGCGGACGAUGGAAAACCACAACAUUUACCACCAGGAGCAAAACCAGCUAUUGGAUCACCGGCUAGUAAUGGCGGUGCAGUAGCAACAGCUGUUGCAGCAGCAGCUGCUGAAGUACGAGCACGAUCACCCUUACUACGUAAUUCAAGUGAACCACCAGCAAGUCCACCGCCUCCUGGAGGAAAACAUUCUUUAUUACAAUUUGCCAUGCAACAUUUUAAUAAUUCACCUGAAUUGGAAGUAUUAAAAAUGGAUGCAUCAAUUAAAUCAAAAGAGAAACGAAAAGAAUGGACAUGGAAACAACAAACCGAUCUUGUUAAAUGGCAAGGUACACCAUUAACAACACCAUUACUACGAUUGGAAUCAUUAUUGGUACCACUUGCAUUGGAAUGUUUUGAAUGUAUUUUACGAUAUUGUGGUGAUUUACCGCCAGGACCAAAUGGCUCGCCAGAUGAGGUUCGCUGUGUUUACACAGUUCUCAUGCAUUGUCACAAACAUAUUCCAUUACGAGACGAAGUCUAUUGUCAAUUAAUGAAACAAACAACAUCGAAUAAAUCAACCAAUCCAGAUUCAUGCCAACGUGCUUGGAGAUUAUUAAGUAUUGUUGCUGCAUAUUUUGCAUGUAGCGAUUCAUUGACACCAUUCCUGAGUGAACAUCUAUCAGCGGCUGCAGCUGAUAAACGUCGUGCAUGCCAUGGAACGGCUGCUGUAUGUUUAGCCAAUUUACGGAAAACACAACGAUGUGGUGGACGUAAAAAUGUACCAUCCGUUGAAGAAGUUACAGCGGUAUCAGCAGGACGAAGUGCGAGACGUCAAAUUUAUCGAUUACCAGGUGGUGCUGAACGCGUUGUUAAUACACGAUGUAGUACAGUUGUUGCUGAUGUAAUCACUGAGUUAUGUAAUGUAAUUGGCGUCAAUGAAGAAUCAGAACAACAAGAAUUUUCCUUGUAUUGCAUUGUACAAGGUGAUGCGUUUACGAUGCCAUUAGCUGCUGAUGAAUAUAUUCUAGAUGUUACGACAGAAUUACACAAAGCUGCGCAACCAUUCUAUUUAAUAUUUUGUCGAUCUGUUUGGUAUCAUCCGCUACGACAAGAUGCUACUCCUUUCUAUACAGAAGUGCUGUUUAAUCAAGUCGCACCAGAUUAUCUAGAAGGUUUAUUGUUACGUUUAGGUAAUGGCACAGCACCUACACCAUCAGAUGUCAGAGAUAUGGCCUUAGUUGCAGCUUUAUUACACCGAGCAGCCGAUUUACAACAUGUACCAGCUUUGAAGGAAGUAAAAUUCUUGCUACCUCGUCCAGUAUUAGGAUUACGUGAGCCAUCACCUCAACAAUGGCUUGGUUUAGUACAAAAUGCUUGGCCACAAGUUGCACUUUUAUCACCGACAAUUUCAAAACGUCAAGCACUGCACGUGCUAGCAACAUGGCCAUUAUUUGGUAGUUCAUUCUUUGCAGUAAAACGUGUUGUUGGACCAGAUGCAGCUACAUGGCGAGACCAUAUUUUAGCAUUAAAUCGUAAUGGUGUACAUUUCUUAGAUUUGGCAACACAUGAAACUGUUCAACAUUGGCCAUUUGCUGAAGUGAUAAGUACAAGAAAGGUUCGUUCUGAAGAUGGAGCACUAUUUUUAGAUAUGAAAUGUGGAAGUUUAUUACAGCAACGAGUGACACGCUUACAAACUGAACAAGCACAUGAAAUAUCACGACUUGUACGACAGUAUAUUACAUUAGAACAAGCGAAUGCUGCCACCAAUGGCCUUUGAUUGUAAUUAAUUUAUGUGUGUAAUUGAUGAAUAUUUUAGUUUAUUGCAUAUUUUUAAUUUUUAUUUGAUUUUUAAGAAACAUAAUAAUUCGACAUUUAUUAUAAUCAAAUUUUAAAACAUUUAAUUUUAUAAGCCGAGAACCCAUAAUGAAGCGUAAUGUCCAUGACUCGUCUUUCUGUCUGCCUUCUCAAGGAUUGAUAAAGGUAAAUUUCUGAAUUAAGAAUUUUGAAGUUUUAAACGUGGCUCGAUUAUGAAAUGGUUCGAAAUCAAUUUUUUCGCUUUUAUUGUUUUCGUCGAUUGUUUUUUGGGUCCCGUGUACAUUAAACAUACCUACUACAUACAAAACCUGAAGAAAAAAUGUGGUAGAACUUUCCAAAUGUUCUCAUUGUCGACAGAAUUGAAGAAAAAGUGCAAUUGUAAGAAAAAAGCUUUUGCAAACUUUCAUCUUUUUUAGGAAUCAUAUUAAAAUUUACAAUGAAGUCAUCAUCAGUAAGAAUUGGCUAAUCGUAAUUACUCUCCUGAGAGAUACUAAUGAUCCUUAAUUUGUUAAUUAUUACUAGGACGAAUUAAAAAAUUUUAUCUAGAAUUCUCAUAAAUUAUCUUUGUCAACAACGAUCUCUACAUAUUCGAUCUCAGCGUUUCAGAAUGAGUAAUUGAGAACUAAAUAAAACCAUUCAACGCAUUCGCGAAUAUAAUCAUAAUAGUCAUAUAGAAAUAAUCACGAACCCAUAUAGCAAGGACUUGAAACUCUUAUGGCGAGCUGUAUAUUGUCUGUGACUGAAUUUACGACGCCUAUCUGGGCGAGAUCUAAAUAUCGGUAAUUGCGUACUUCGUACUGCACAGUACACAGUACAAAGUACGCAACGACCAAGGGUUAGACCUCGCCCAGAUAGGCGCCUUUUAUAUUCUUACCCUCUCCACUCGAAGUUCACGUCCUUAUUAAAUGGAUUCGUGGAGAUAAUAUGAAACUUUAAUUUCUAGCCACUCACUUGGUGGCGCUAAUAUAUAUCCCAAAUUCAGAAAUCCAGACCAAUUCCAAUACAUGAGAUCCUCCAUCCAGUUAUAUAGAGAUCAGUUACUGUCAAUAACUUUUUGUACACGAAGACGUCAAAAAACUUGAUUUUCAUAUAUAACACUUCAAAUUUCUUUAUUAUACCGUUAUCAAUCCUCAAAAUCCAGGCAAAAAGACCUUCAUUAUGAUCUCACGGUCUUUAUUACAAUUAAAAACGUAUUUAUUUUUAAAAAUAAUUACAUAAAAAUUUAUGAUAAUAAACAGUGCAAAUAAUAUACAUUUUGUGACGUAUUUGUAUUUUACUUAACUCUCCAAUUAACAAAAA